AUGGGGCCGGGGCGGGGACGAGGACGGCGACGAGCCGCCGCCGCCGCCACAAAGAGCGAGGACGAGGCGGCCGCGGAGCAGCCUCUCGGGAGGCUGGAGCCGGCAGAGGAGAGCUCUGGCUCCAGCGACGAGAGCGAUGCCGGCGGGAGCGUGGCGGGGGCUGGCGGGAAAGGUCAAUCUGACAUGUCUUUUGAGGAACUCCUGCGGGUGCAGAGUGAUGCAAGGACAAGAGUCAGCAGGAAGGUGCCUGGUGGGAAGAAAACUGCAAAGCCUACCAAAGCUACACUGAAGCAGCAACAAGGCAAAAAGGGGCCACUGGAGAUGUCAGCCAAGAAGCCUGUACCUUUCCUGCGACAAGUUGUCCCUGUUAGGAAGAAGGUCCAGAGAGACCCUCGAUUUGAUGACCUGUCUGGAGAGUAUAAGCCUGAAAUAUUUAUGAAGACAUACAGCUUCCUGGAUGGCAUCAAGAAGCAGGAGAAGGAGAUGGUUCAGAAGCAGCUGAAGAAAUGCCGGAACAUGGAACAGAAGGAGAAACUUCAGCGGCUCCUGAACCGUAUGACACAGCAGGAACAGGCACAGAAAAAACAGCAGAAGUUGAGAGAGAGGGAGCUGUCUUUGAAAAGACAACAGAGGGAAUUGGCCAAGCAGGGAAAGAAACCCUUCUUCCUAAAGAAAUCUGAGAAGCGAAAAUUGGAACUAGCUGAGAAGUAUGCAGAGCUGAAGAGGAGUGGAAAGGUGGAGAGCUUCCUGAACAAGAAGAGGAAGAGGAAUGCCAUCAAAGACAAGCGCCAUCUGCCCUCACAGAAGAACUUGUGA